AUACAGCUGAGUUUGUUUAUUUUGGUAUUGGGCUGGAAAAAUUGAAAUAUGUCGAGUGAGGAAAAGAAAAAAAGAGGUAAAAAUUUUACGGCGGAGGAGGAACUAGUGCUCAUGGAACUCCUCGAGGAAAGGAAGAAUAUAUUGGAAAACAAAAAGUCAGAUGCGGCUACGUGGAAGCAAAAGGAACAGGCCUGGGAGGAAAUGGCAGACACAUUUUAUACUAGAACAGGCAUACGCCGAGAAUGGAAGGCGUUACGGGAUAAGUUUAUAAACAUGAAACGAAGGUCCAAGCUCGAACUGGUAGACGACAAGAAUCACAGCUUUCGCACCGGCGCAGGAAAGUAUAUUGCUUUAAUGGGUGAAUCUACUGCGGGCUUGGGUAACCAAUUCGACAGCGACGCGUCUAAUGUGCCAAAUGACAUCAAUUUCGAAGGAGACGAUGACAUGUUUGGAAGUUCCACCGAUACACAUGACAUCCCCAAUCUGAUUGAACAUAAAGAUGUCAGGGCAAAUAUAAGCUCCGACUGGCCGAGCAUGAAUCCACGGACACUGCGCAGCUUGGAUGAGGAGAAGAUUAAACUAGUGCUGCUACAGCAAGAAUUUUAUAAAGGCGAAAACCAACGUGCGCAGGAAAAGCAUAAUCACGAAAUGCUCAAAGAGAAGAUAAAGCUGGACCAAGAAGUCCAAGAGGGAAAGUUACGAAUCGAAAUGAUGGAAUUGGAAAUACUUGAGAAAAGAGCCAAGCUAGAUUUAUAAUAGAGAGAGAAUUUUACGUUUAGUAACUAACUUCGGAUUGCCGGAGAUAGAAUAUCCUUGCAGAUACUAAACGAGUCUUGGCGCAAUCUGGUUAACCUACUUUGGUUAAUUGCUAAUUUUGGCUCAAAGCAUUAUAUUUUUAAUU